AUGAUAAAGAAGAAGCCUUUACUAUGUGCAGCUGGUGACGCGUAUACUGAUAAUGAUCAUGGUGGUGGUGGUGGUGAUGGUGCUGGUGGUGCUGGUGGUGCUGGUGGUGCUGGUGGUGGUGGUGGUGGUGGUGGUGGUGGUGGUGGUGGUGGUGGUGGUGGUGGUGGUGGUGGUGGUGGUGAGUCGUAGUGGAAGUGGCAACAUGCCCCUGAACCAGGCUGAACCAAUCAAGCCUUACAAGGGAACGCGGAUCACUCUCCCAGAUGCGUGCUUUACUCAGGCCGCACUAGGCAUGUGCGAGUUCUCAACCACUGCGGCGAAUGUCUGUAAGACUCGUCAGAUGGAGGCUCACAACAAGUCGGUCACUGUAUCCAGUCGCAACACUGACCGACCGAAAGGCUUGGAUCGGUCACUGGGACAUGCGAGAGGCUGGAGAGUGAGGGAAGACCCUGUACGGGGUCCUCAACCACUGCGCUCAUACGCCCGUCCACAGUUGUCACGACUUGGUCUCAAGCUUGAAAGACGGUACACCUGGUAGGAAUAUGCAAUCAGUUGAAUUUCAUGCUAGUCUGCUUGGUUGUGAUCACGGCUGCGUCUCGAAUUGCAAUGAGUCUCCUCACAUUAAAAAAACAAAGUGUCUACUGAUAAAGAACAAGAAGAAGAAGCUCGGUCUGAACUUCUUUCACCUACGUGCUCUCUCUCAUAUGCUGAUGCCUUCGGUUACCAUCCGCUGGUCACUCUCACCAAACACUGACAAGAAAUGCUUCAUUCUGCAGCCGAGCCUACUUGCCGUUUCCUUGAGCACAAACAGACUUUCGGUGUCGAAAAGGCAUUCAAUAGCACAGAAAAAGUAUCAAACAGCGUGCGCCGAUAGUCAUUAAAUAUUGACGAAAUGCUUUAAAUGUUCUCUCAAGCAGAACGCGUUUUGUAAUGCGCUUAAAAUACUAGCCAACAUGGAAUAGAAUAUAAGGCUCGAUCGUGCGUGACGCAUGCUGCCUUUCAUGUGAGGAUUCUUCUAGCUAUUUAUGUCCACCAGAAUUGGGAGAGGCCCCUAUGUGAUUAGCGCGUAUUUUUCUCAGCAACUUGGGAUUCCUUUCAUAAAUCCAGCCAAAUUUCCUCAAAAGCUGCACACAAAUUCAUUUGCCUGCUAAUUUUGUAGUAAAGCAUGCAGUCCUCAUGGGUACGAUUUAUUUCGGUUUGCAAAAGUGCCAUUGGUAAGGGGAGUUGUGGGCGGCCCACAUUGAUGUAGCCUGAUAUCCACGGGUGUAUUAAUGCACUUGUCUGAUCUGAGACACAUGCAGCACUUUUUGGCAAUAUCCAAAGUCGCCACUCGACAAGUGCUGACCUGUCAUAAAUCUCUCCAGGGACAUUGUUUAUUCCUCGGCAGCUGCUUUCGCCUAACCUUGUCUGGCGGAGGGAUAGGCAGCACGGCAAUUUCCGAGUGCGCAGACUUCAAGUCACCACCGGUGGAAACAGUGAUGGUUUGACCUAGUCUAUCAGGUUUACAUUAGUCGAGUUGGUGGGUCGGGAUCAACAGAAGUGUCCUCACAGGGCUUAUUUAAGCCGCCCACGUGACCGAUGAGGUCGUAGGCAGACAUUUCACUUUUCCCUUGGGAAAUGCGCUCCCGUAGAUUUGUCCUGCCAACUUGACGUUGCACUGGGUAGUAGACACAUGGAAUACCACACGCACACGACUGUCCGACCGUCACGUCCGACCGACGAUGCCCACCGUGUGCUGCACAACAGGGUUGGAACAUGAACGGUGACUUGAACGUGAAUGUGAUAGUAGACUUGCAGGGCAUCUAUCACACUCCAUCCUCCUUCUCCUCCUCCUCCUCCUCCUCCUCAUCCUCCACCUGAGCCCUGUGUCAAGACAGAGUCAAGAAACCUGGAGAUGGGAGACGGCACAGGCGGCUGGCGCGGCCGGAGCCGCCCGUAGUCCUGCCGCCGCACCCAGUUCGAAUUCCGCGGAGUGGGAGUGCCAUACAGACCUCGUUCAGGAAAAACCAUUACAGCCUGAAUCUCAAUCCUCCAGUCGACAACUCCACACCGGGUUGAUUGUGAGGCCUAAUGUAUCCCGUUUGUCGGCAAACUUCCAAUCCAUGGCUCUUAGUGCGCCGUGA